AGGAUUAUAGUUUAUUUUGAGGUGCAUGUUGUAAGGCCCCACCCCGAGCUCAAGGGCGUAGGAACCGUGGUGAACGACUUCAAUAAGAAAUUGUGUACGAUACCACAUAAAACAUGCAAAGUAUGUGGCUUUGGUAGUCAUGUAAUAUCCAUGGUGUGUGUUCCACCACAGAUGAAUUGGCAGUAACUGCAACCCGGUAGAAACGAAUUGAGCUGUGUGAUUUGGUUUUGUGACGCAAAUCGUGGGAUACGCAGGAACGUAGGAUAUUGAAUAAAAUUAUUUUAUGUUUGGUGUUGCCAUGGACUUGAAUGACUUAUUUUCAAGUUGUAAGAGAGGAGACUUGAGUAGAAUAGAGUAUCUUGUUGAACAUAAGGAAGUAAACGUCAAUGUCCGUGAUAAAUGGGAUAGCACACCACUGUAUUAUGCUUGCCUGUGUGGCCACACUGAUAUUGUACAGUAUCUCUUGGCCAAUGGUGCAAGGUGUGAGGCCAACACAUUUGAUGGUGAACGGUGUUUGUAUGGAGCAUUAACAGAUCAAAUAAGAAAAGUAUUGUUGAAUUAUAAGAUUGUCACAAGCCGUACAAUGCGAAGGGAUUUGUAUGAUGAAUUUUUGAGACGACUUUUGGAGACUGGAGAGCUUAGUGAUGUGACAUUUGUGGUGAACGGCAGCACAUUCCACGUUCACAGGUGUGUGUUAGCAGCAAGAUGUAUUUAUUUCUGUGACAAAUUUCAAACAAGAUGGCAGGACAGACGCAUCAUCAACAUAGAGAACAAUCUGGUGCAUCCCAGUGCAUUCAAGUCGCUAAUGCAGUAUAUAUACACUGCAAGACUAGAAACACACAUAGAUGGCGUGGAUGACUGCAUACGUUUGGCUGUACAGUGUCGGCUGUCUCUCCUGAAGGCGGAGCUGGAGGAUAUGGUGAAGAAGGUUAAUUCAUUUGAGUGCACGAAACCUGGUACAAGUGUGAAGACGUUGACACUAGAGUCUGCAGAACUUGCUGCUAAACUGCAGCAGGACCUGGGUGUGCUUGGUGUGCAGGCUCUGCCACAGGAACUGCGCACAUGGGUCACAGGUGUUGACCUUCCACUCAUGCCCAUUGUGCCUCUGUUCCUAGUAGACAUCUGCUUCUGUGUAUGUGGCUGCAAGUUCUACUGCCACAAGGCUUUCUUUUGUGGAAGGAGUGAAUAUUUCAAUGCUCUACUGCGGGACCACUUCAGUGAGACAACGGCUGAUGAUGGAAACCCAAUGGUUACUAUUAGAAAUGUUCCAGUAGAAGCAUUUGCUUCUGUUGUAUACUAUAUUUACACCAAUGCUGUGCAGGCUCGGGAAGAAUACAUCCUGGAUGUGCUAUGUGCAGCAGACAUGUACUUAUUGCCUGGUCUCAAACGAGGCUGUGGAGUUGUGCUUGGAAGCUGUCUAAGUACAGAGAAUGUAGUGAACAGACUGAAGACUGCACGGCUGUUCCAGCUGCCACAGCUUGAGGAUCAGUGCACCCGGUUCAUUAGUCUGCACAUUGAUAAGGUAGUGCAUGAUGAGGGAUUACAUGACCUGAUAAUACAAGAUGCUACAGAAGUGAAAGGAAGACAAGAAACAGACAGCAUUCCUGUUAUAGAUGACAUCCGUUACCAUAUCAGGUCAGAUGUUAAGGCAGUCAGCAAGCUGCAGGAGGCAAGUGAGAAGUUGCAGAUGAUCGACAGACUUCUAGAAGACCUUGGGCUGGAUGCCUAGUGAAGUGUCUUUGGACAAACUUCUCAUUGCAGUUUGGACAGGGGUACCAAGUUCUCCAGAUGUUAUAUGGUUAAUAUAACUUUAAAACAAUAUCCUUUAGUGUUGUUUAUUAGUAAAGUCCCUUCUACAAGUACCCUAUAUGUUUGGACACAAACAUACGAUCACCAUUUUCAUCAUCAUAAUUAUAAUCGGUUAUUGUGUAUGUUUGUUAACUUGUUAUUCUGGUUCCAUAUCAGAAUUACUGCUGACAUUGGCAGCACUAGAAGCUUUCAUGGGUGGUGCAUAUAACUCUUACAGACAAGAAAUUCCUGUAUUUGUAAAUAUUUUUCCUAGUUAGCAUGUUACUUGUCAUUUCAUAGAAACUGAUGUGAAUAGGGAAGGCAGGAGUGAGCAUUUGGUAAUAUAAGCUGAUAGUGAUGCAGCAGAACGAAUAUCUGACAUGUGCUUCUUCAUAGACAGAGGUGAGAGCUGAAACAGGUGUUUACCACAGUUUUAUGUUGACUUUCAAUAUUGUGAUGCGCAAACAAUAGCAAAAGAUUUGCUAUGUAGGAUUCAAGUUUUUCAGAGCACUGUCAGUGUAGAUGAUAUUCUGUUCAGUUGUUGCAUCAUGUAGCCACUGCUUCAGAGAACAUCCUGCCUCUAUCUUGAAUUGUGAUUUGAGGUGUGUUAGAAAUUAUAUGCUUGAUACCUGAUUAGGAAACAGAUUAGAUUGAUGAUAUCCAAUCAGAGCAAUGGGAAGGGGAGAGGACAUAGAGCCAUUUGCAGGUUAAUAGGAAAGAGCCAUUUUUGGGGCACCAGAGAAGAAGGUUGGGUCAGAAGAGAGAAAGAGAAAAAUUGGCCCUUCCUUUCAGUUCCUUAAAAGGGCUGCUUUUUUAUCUCCUCUGGCAUUAUCCUUCUCGUAACCCUAUAUAACCAUCAUCUUGAGCCCUGAUGAUGGAGGCACUAUGUUUUUCCAAAACAUUGGCACACAGACAAAAUACUGCAUGGUAAAACAACCAAGAAGACCACCAUCUAUAUGAUUUGUAACUUUUUCUUUUAAGAUACUCCUCAAAAAUUUGCCACCAUAUUAUAAUUAUGCAUGAAGAAGGCUGUUUUCUGUGUGCUGUGUAGUCUGGUGUUACCAGAUUCAGUGCUGUAAGAACCUUGAAUCUCACAUAUUUAUGCAUGUUUAAUUCUGCUACAAAUUUUUCUAAAUGCAACUACUGAUAAUACAUCAGUAUGUAUAAGAAACUGCUCAGUAAAUUCUGUGCAACUGAUUUGUGAUAAAUUUGUUCUUAAAUUUAAUUUUUCAAAAUUUUGAGUAGUCAUUGGAUUGCAGCAGAUAUGGUAAUAAUAUUAAAAGCACUUAUUUUGUGGCAUGUGCCAAAUAAACACUUUGUAAUUUUCUUAGCGUAAGCUGAUAGAAUGUAGAGAUAAGUCUGCAGGGAAUACUUAUUAUUUGUGUGUACAUUUCCUUCAGAUCUACAUAUUUUACAUCUUUAUUAUGCUCCCUCCUGCUUUACAUUGCAUUUUUUAAAACUGUAUUUAUUAUCUUUAAUAGACAAACAUAAGCCUGUUUAUGUGAACUGUUUAAAUUAAAGAGUGGAUUAAUCACUAAGUUACAGACUUAGUUGCUUGUUGUGUAGUUGUUAUUUAUAUGUGCUUAAAACAGUAAAUUGGCUUAGAUUAAUAAUCAGCAGAUGGCUGAAUGUUAAAUUCCUAGCAGAUUCAGGAAUUUUUCUUCUCGCUGCCAUGAUUACACUUGCUCUGGUGCCAGCAUAGACUCAAAUCCAAUUGGUACCAGAUGGUCUUCUCCAGGAAUAAAGCUACUGGAGCAUUAAGCUUAAUUUACAUUUUUGUCUGUAUUUUUUUUUGGGGGGGGGGUGAUUGUGUGUAGGUUUGAGUACUCUUUUAAUGUGUUUAUAAGGUAGAAAAUAAAAUUAGGUCCUGGAAUUUAUUGUUUGCUUCUUGUAUAUUAUUUUUCUUUACCCUACACAUGAGUGAUGCUGAUGUGUGGUUACAUUUAUUUUUGAGACAUUUCUUCUAUCUUACACACAAUUUACAUGCAGAAUUGAAUUUGUAAAAUGAAAAAAGACAGAAAUUCUUUUAAUUUUAUAACACAAUAAACAAUUCAUUGGACAUGA